CAUGCCGGGAAAGACUUGGUUUGGAAAUCUUCCGAGCAUAAAUUUAUGUCAGUGCAACUAGACAGCUGUCAGUUAUUUGGAUUAGGUUUGUUUUUGUUGUUUUGUUUUUCUUUGAUGCUGAAAGAUUUUUAGACUUAAACUGUGUUUCCUGUUUUAUUUGCAGCAUCAUACAGUUUGACUUUUAAUCACAGAACUUAACUUAUGGAUAUAUAUAAAUGCAAAAGGCAGCAACUUGAAUAGUGUAGAUAAGAAUGAAUGUUUAAGUUCAAAUUAGAAGAUUUGCUACAGAACAGCGGACUCCAAUAAAUAUUCAAAUUUGUCUGUAAAAUGGCUGAAAGUUACAGCUAGAGUUCAAAUAAAAUGUGCAACUAUAGUGGGCAGGUAUAGGCUAACCUAAAACCUCUUCAUCCAGGUCAGUAAGUGCACCCCCAUGGUUGGAAGACAGGCGCUCCGAAUGGACAGCGGUAAUUGCUCCGGAGCAGUGGUGGAUGACAGUCCAGGAUCCAGCCCGAGCUCCAGCCCGAGUCCAGACGGUCGUCGGCGGGAGCUCCACCGGGCCAGAGUGCUCCAGAGCGGCGGGAUCGGCGGCAGAGGACGCCCGGCAGCAGCGAAUGCGGCGAGGGAGAGGAGCCGGGUACAAACGCUGAGGAACGCCUUCCUGGAACUUCAAAGGACUUUGCCCUCAGUGCCGCCGGACACCAAGCUGUCCAAACUCGACGUGCUGAUACUGGCCACCACCUAUAUUGCCCAUCUGACUCGAACUCUGCAGGAAGAAGGCACAGAGGAAGGAGAGGGCACGAAACGAACAGAGGCGUUACACUCACUGAAAGGCGAAGGCUACCUGCACCCGGUGAAGAAAUGGCCAAUGCGAUCCAGGCUGUACGUUGGAGCAACCGGGCAAUUCCUAAACACUUCAAGUCCUUCAGAGUCAGAGGAUCAAGGCCCAUCGUCGUCCACCUCCCAGUAAAAUAGGCUUAAUUCAUUUGUACCGAACAGCUUCGUUUUGUGCAUGAGUUCAUGCUUUACUUCGGAAGCAGCACAUGAUUGUAGAACAGCUCCCACUAAAGCACCGCAAAUUAGGAAGACCUUGUAAAUUAAUAUAUUACGUGAAUUUUAUUGUAUAAAUUUUGAGAAAGCAUACAUUAUAUUUCUGUGUGUUAUUUCGACUAAUCCUGCCUGCAUUGUGCAGCUCCACACACGUCCCAGGUAUAUUUACAGAGACUCCUCGGGGCAACGAGCCCGUCAUGCUUGAGUGUGCACUUUCAGCUGAGACAUUUGCACUAAAUGCAUGUGUGAAUAACUUAACAUCUGUCAUGUGAAGUGGUCUGUCAGGGAGCCCACAAUGCAGGCUCCACGUCUCAUGUUCCUCCUUAUUUUUUACAUGCAUGGGUGUAAAUGUGUUUGUG